GGUAAGCGACUCCAUAUAUGACCAUCUUCAUGAAUCAGACUGUCCACCUACAACAUGGAUAAAGGAUUCAAACAUGAAAAGAUGCGUCAGGUGUUGAAGACUGAGCAAGAGAAGUGUCCUUCUCUGGGGCUCGCAGUUGUGGCCAACCAGUGGGACUCUGUGGAGUCGGACACAGAGAGCUUGGCCCAGGAGAGAGCUUACCAACAGCAGCUACAAAUGUCUAUUGAUCAAAACAAAUACACACUGCCCCAAAAGGAGAAUGCUGACAACUUACAGCAUGCAGAUGGAGAGAAUGAAGAUGCAAAUGAUGAUGCAACUGAAGAUCUUCAGGUUUAUGAUAGCCUAGAACGAGCAGCACACCCCGAGGCCAGGAGGAACCCCACCCUGCUACACACUGAAUAUUUGGAAACACAGAUAAUGGAAGAAGAAGGAACAAGCCUGCUCUCUGAUGAUGCCUACUCUGACCUUCGAUAUGACCCCAACUGGAGGACCAACCUGAAGGGAGCUGGCCACUUCGAUGAGAGUCCACAGGUGUCCAUCGAGGAAUAUUACCAAGUCCCUAAAGAGAAAUCUAGUCAGGCAUGUGGUGGCAGACAGGGACUGGUAAUAAAAGCAGGAUACAGAUACAUCGUCGACACAGGUUCAGCUGUUGUGGUGACUCCUCAUAUGGCCGGCAGUGAGUCUGAGCAACCAUACCGCUUACACCCACAAAAUGGUCAGACUUCACACCACGACAACCAUGCUUUACAACUCGGAUCACCAGGGGGUGAACUUUCAAGGCCUUCCAGCAUUUUCACUAAAAAUGAAAGUGACAACACUUCACAGAGAGGAUUCAAAGGGAUGUGUGAAAAUAACUGUGACAAUGCUGCUGAAAAUAUUAGCAGGGCUCCUGAGAGGAUAGAAUUUAAGACCCACUACCAGCAAGAACUGAGACACGCACAAGCAGGACCCACUCAAACAGAACACAUAAGCACAUCCACGUUGCUGAGUCCGAAGGUUUUGAUGAACAAAAAGCUUGAAAGACUCACAGAGGACAUAGUGGAACGUAAUAAAAUAACCCUGGGCCGCAACACAUCGAAAUGUGGCUCCUAUGUGACGGUGCAUGCACUUAAGCAGGAGAUUCCUCAGAAUGAGAAUAAGGUGGAUGAAAAUCUACAGGAGACAGCCAGCACGGAAAGUCAUGAGGACAGUUCAGACCCCAAGCUGAGAUGGCUCCAGAAAUCACAACAGUUGAGGGUUACCCAGAUCAGCAAAGGGAAGAAAGCCCAGAGGAAAGGAUCCCCCAACCCCCCUCGACAGCAACAGCCCCCUGCCCCGGGGGUCAGAGCUGAGCGGGGAGACAGUCUGAGCUCCCCAUUAGCAAGACCAGCCGCUGUAAUACAACAGCCGAAACCUCAGAAGACGACUUCAUCACAACCUUUGCCCCCCACUAUUCACCUCAACAUCAACCUUAACACUUCAUCCCAUCUCCUUCCGUUACUCCAGCAGGGGGGCCAGGAUGCCGCCAUCAAUGUAGCAUCUCUUCACGGCUGUCCUCACUGGAGCCCUGCAUCUGAAGUCGAACUUGCAUUGUCCCCUGGAUACCAACAAACAAAUCCAGCAAAGUCCUCCCAGAUGUUUAGGACAGGCGUAAAUGCACAACUUCACAACCGAAACUUGGAGAGUAGCCCUAAACAAUGGAAAAGGACAACUGCCAUGAAGUGGCCAUUAUCCUGUGAAGAGGAGCACCAGAAAUGGAGUCCAAAUGAGGUUCACACAAAGCAAUUUCCACAAAACCUCCCCGGGACACCCACCACCACUUCGUCUCUGUGUUCAGACUCCUACCCAGUUCUACCUCCUAUAGGAAACCCAAUGACAGGGAAAGAGCCGGAGCUGAGCCCUGAUCAGAGUGCGAGCACUGCCUACGUCAUCCAUAGAAGCAGUUCUGAUGGCUACCUGGUACAGAUGGAGAAACAGAAGCAGCUAAGGGCAAGACUCACCUACAAGGCCUUGGAAUAUGCCAAGACCAUAGCCAAACCUCUUGUACCAUCUCAACCAAAACAGAGACAGAAACACCCGUCCGAAGGCUUCACCAAGCACACUUCUUACUUGGAGGGCUUGGACGUGUCCCAGCCAGCCACCCUGGAAGCCCUUAGAAAACGACACGAAGAAGAAAAGCAGGCUGUGGCUCUCUUCAGAAAAGUACAUGCUGUCUGAGGCAAGGUGCAGUUCAUGUCAACAGUCCAUUGAACCCUUGCUCUCAUACAUAUUUGUACUCCCAAGAUUUGGGACACAUCAUGCUUCCACAUUAAAUAUUCUAGGCCUAUUGUUACAUCAACAGAUCAUUACAUUUUAGCUUAUUUUUCAAAAUAUGUACGAAAAGAUAGCUAAUGGUUCUAUACUGUACACAGUAUAGCCUGUAUAGUCUUUAACAUUGUGUGUCACCAGAUCGGAUUUGAGAAGAAAUUCACUGGAUGGACUGUGCAGGGUGCUGUUCUCACCACAUACAGUCCUAAAGUUUGUGCUUAACUAAACUAAAACUGCAACACAAAUAUAUAUUUUGCAACAGGAGGUUUACAUGGUUUUACAAUUUGUUUAACGUAACUGUAUCAGGGUUUUACAAUUAAUAUGAUAUAUAAAUCAUAUGCUUAAAUCAAAGUAUUGGAGCCACAAAAUGGGCGAGGAAAAAAUGACAAUAUAAAAGAAGUGUAUGCAACAGUUUGAGUCUGAAAGGAAACAGGUGGCUAAAGAUGAUGGCAGAGAUGAAUCUCCACACAGUGGGAUCAGUACUGUUGUCAUGACUUGUCUAUUAGAUCCAACUUGUUGCACUUGACAAUGUGCACAGGUAAAUGAUGAAGCAGGUGUAGCUCUUAAUAGUAAGCCCAGCCUUCCUCUACUGACAAUACAUUAGAACCUGUGUAUGCAAUGUAGAUUCAGUGCAUUAAAUAGAAAUUUAGCAGUUGCACUUAUAUGUAAUACCGUAUAUGCAAAUGAUCAGAUAUAACUGUAUGUAUGUCCCUACUCAAUAUAGACAAAUAUUAAAUAAUGUCUCUCAGAUUUUGUGUUAUCGGCAAGCAAGAGAUAAACGUCACAGAAGACCUACUGGUCUUACUCAUGAAAGUAAUGAAGUGGUCGUAGUAUGUGACAGUGACACUGAGCAAUCAGAAUCACCAACAGCACUUUUUCAUUUUCAUUAUACAAUCCAGUUCCAACUAUCCCAGACUGCUGCUUAAUGCCCACACUCUUCUUUAUGGCAGCAGCAGGUCAUUUCCUUAUUAUUAUGUUAUCAGUUUGUCUCCUCUCACAGGAGUCUUAGAAAGUCUUAAAUCCAAUAAUCAGAAUUUUAGGCCUUAAAGUACAAUAUGUAAAAUUUCUGCAAUCAAACGUUUAUAAAUGUUUCCAACAAUGUUCAAACUCAGAGAAACCUGUCAU